AUGUCCCAGGAACAGCAUGGCGCCCGGGAAUUCUCUUUGGGGACAACAACACAGACUGUCACCACAAGCGAAGCUUCGCACAACCAGGACGUGCUGCAACAAUCCAAGGGUGAAGACCACACAGUUACGCACACACAUCGACUAGGCCUGCGUCGCUAUCCUAGGGAUUGCCCUCCCUUGCGAGUAAGAUGGUUCUAUGCUGUGGACUCUCCCAAAUGGAAACCCCUGUUAUGGGAUCAAAAGAAGGACGCCUCGAAACCCCCGCCGCCACCCAAAAAAUUCGUUCCUUUUUCAUCCAAGGACUCUCACGCCAUAGAGAUCGCCUUCCAGAGGCUUUCCGAUAUCGAGGCCGCUCGCGAACAAUCCAGACACGCCGAAACCAGUGGAAGGCCGCAGGACAGCACUACCAAAGUUGCCGUCAAUGAAGACUAUCUUUUUGAUGUGGAUGUGGAACGAAGGGAGCUUUCCCCGGCUUACUGGGCAGGACCUGUUUACGAAGUUCGUCGUGGAACAUGGUUCUUCCAGGAUGGGUCUUCAAUCAAGCCAUGCGAGGAAAACCUAGCCACACAACUUGAAGAAGGAUACCUUAAAGUGAAGCCAUGGCGCUACAUCGACGUCCAUGACACCGCUGCACAUCGUUCGACGUACUCGAAGACUUCCGAUACGGCGCCUGGGCUUUUGCCAAAUUCGGUCGAGAAUGACGGGCUUGCAGCGCCUGUGUCGGCCAGUGGAUCCCGGAACUAUCGUCUCUUUGGUGCUUAUAUGAAAAGCAUCGUAACAUAUCAGGAUCACUCGGCGGCAUUAAUCACGAAUGAUGAUUUCAUGUCUCGGGUGAGCACAACCGUGUACCAGAAGCUAGGUGGAGUGCCCGGAACAAAAAUAGUACGUGGGUUCAUAGAGACCGGGAAAGAGAAGGCACCCUCGAACAUGCAGAGAUCACCAGGAGAAAUGUUGCCUGGGGCACCUGUAAAAGGAUUGGAUCCCCACGAGACAGACACUCAUGGCUCAUCGGAUGCCGGAGUAGCUCACAGUCAUUCUCCUCAAGGUAGUCCUGCAGGCGGCUUAUCGAAGUCAACACUGGAGCAGCAGAUGUCCUCUCUAACAGGCGAGAAUCAAGACGAAGCUCAGCUUGAAGAGCAAGCACGCAGACAGGAGGAAAAAGAGAUGGAGGAUUCCCGAGAAGUCGACAAUGACGACAGAGAGCGACAGAUUGAUCACCUGGUCCUCGUCACACAUGGCAUUGGCCAGCGACUUGGGUUACGACUAGAGAGCAUAAAUUUCAUACACGACGUGAAUGUUUUACGCAAAACUAUGAAAAGCGUUUAUAAAGCCUCACCUGACCUCCAGGCUCUCAACUCUGUUUUCGCAGAUAGCCAGAUAAACUGUCGUGUUCAAGUACUACCUGUGUGCUGGAGACAUCUACUUGACUUCCCUUAUCGAGGAGCGAGACACAAUCGCAAAGAGCUUGACCUUGCUGAUGCAGAUUCUUCCGAGGAUGACUCCUUCCCUAGCCUAGCUGAUAUCACUUUGGAAAGUGUACCAGCAGUUCGAAAUUUAAUAUCUGACUUGGCAAUGGAUGUCCUCCUAUAUCAGAGCGCCUACCGUGAGCAUAUAUCCAAAAUCGUCAGUCAGGAAAGCAAUCGAAUCCUCAAGCUCUUCAAGGAAAGAAAUCCGUCUUUCAGCGGAUCGGUUAGCCUAUGCGGGCACUCACUCGGUAGUGCCAUUCUCUUUGACAUUCUUUGCCGCGAACAGCCCGCUCGUGAGCCUGAGCAGAAGAUACCCGUAGAGAGAGCAAACGCAUCAACAACCAAAUUACGGAAUCAGCAACUGCAUUUUGAGUGCGAGGAACUUUUUUGCCUUGGCUCUCCCAUCGCCCUUUUCCAAAUGCUCAAGGGAAAGACGAUUGCCGGGAGAUCAGCACCAGACAUUAGCAGUCUUGGUCUCAAUUCUGAUGACGACGCAUCUCAACUUUCCUCAAGCGAGGGCUAUCAAAUGCCACAGUCAAGACUAUCCCCCGGUGCCGAAAUCUCAGAUUUCCAUACCGACCGGCAUCCUACGCUCAUAGACUCGGGCUUAGAAACGCUGUAUGAAGGUUUCCAGAGGACCAGACAAGCCGAAAGAUCGGAGGCUUCGAGUCUUGGUGGUCAUUCAUCUAUUCAGCAUGAAGGGCCAGAUGAUCAUUUGAAAAAGAUUCGGAUCGAAGAUGCCAAAGUGAGAGCACUUAACAACAAUGGACGAGUUGAUUACAGUAUUCAAGAGUAA